AUGACGAGCCGUCGCCGUGGCAUGCGGCAGCACCUGACUUGCCCGUUAUGCCUCCUUAUCCUUUGCCACGUGGCAUCCACGUGUCGAGUGUGUCUUCCGCCUAUGUUCUUGGCAGCAGCAAACGGCACCCCUCCAAACCCUAAUUGGGAGAUCGACUUCGACUGGCUGAGUAACGAGAGCCAAAUCGCCAUGGCGCGAUUCGCCGUGGCACAGCACAACGCCACCAAGAGUCUCGAUCGGGUGUUGCACUCUCUCCCUUCAACUCAUGCUGACUCACCACUGUGCAGCAGAACGAGGCCACGACGAGGUAGACGACAGGCGAUAGCCCUCCUCCCCUUCAUCCCUUCUCCCCUUCAUCCCGUCUCCCCUCCAUCCCUUCUCUCCUCCAUCCCUUCUCCCCUUAGCCCUUCUCCCCUUCAUCCCUUCUCCCCUUUAUCCCUUCUCCCCUUCAUCCCUUCUCCCCUUCAUCCCUUCUCCCCUUCAUCCCUUCUCCCCUUCAUCCCUUCUCCCCUUCAUCCCUUCUCCCCUUUAUCCCUUCUCCCCUUCAUCCUUUCUCCCCUUCAUCCCUUCUCCCCUUCAUCCCUUCUCCCCUUCAUCCCUUCUCCCCUUCAUCCCUUCUCCCCUUCAUCCCUGCUCCCCUUCAUCCCUUCUCCCCUUCAUCCCUUCUCCCCUUCAUCCCUGCUCCCCUUCUCCCCGUCUCUCGCCUCUCCACGCCAGAACCACAGCCUACAGCCAGUCGGAGUUCUCUAUGUGGACCGCGCAGACAUUGCCAGCACAGGCAAUGGCAGCGCAGGCAAUGGCAGCGCAGGCAAUGGCAGCGCAGGCAAUGGCAGCGCAGGCAAUGGCAGCGCAGGCAAUGGCAGCGCAGGCAAUGGCAGCGCAGGCAAUGGCAGCGCAGGCAACUCAAGCGCGGGCGGGGAGGAGUACCUUGUGACACUGGCGGCUCUCAACCUGCUGCGCGGCCGCACUGCCUUCUUCGACGCCCUCCUCUCCCGCCGCCCUCUCGAGGCCGCGCAAUCCCAGGCAGGGUCGGGGCAUGUGAGCACGCGGGAGGAGCAGGAGGCGGCGCUCAGGCACGUGGUGCCGGUGACCCCCCCUCCGUGUGGCCACCUGUUGACUUACGUCCAAGGGCAACCCGCUGCUGCUGAUCUCAGUGGUGGAGGCACAGGUGGUGGUGCCGGGAUACACUGCUGGCAGCAGAUGAGGGCACCGCCUGCAGGCAGCCACGCUCCGCUGCUGAUUUCGGUGCUGGAGGCACAGGUGGUGGUGCGGCGGUACAGAGAGCCCACCCCACCCUCACACUGCUUGCAGCAGAUGAGCAACAAGUGUCCUUGUCUCCCUGCUGCUGCCCCUCCGCCAGCAGCAGCAGCAGCAGCAGCAGCAGCAGCAGCAGCAGCAGCAGCAGCAGCAGCAGCAGCAGCAGCAGCAGCAGCAGCAGCAGCAGCAGCAGCAGCCACACCGGUGGUAACCACAGCAGCAGCAGCAAAAGGAGAAGGACGAGGAACAGUGGCAGCAGCAGCAACGGCGGCGGCAGCAGCAGCAGGCGGGGGAGAGGGAGGGGAGUACGUGCUGCAGUCGGUCACGAUGCAGGCCGGGUCGGAGCGUGAGAGCACGCGCGAGGAGCAGGAGAAGGCGUUGAGGCACGUGGUGUCACUGCCGCCCAUACCGUGUGGCAAUGAGUUGACUUACGUUGACCCGUCAGAUGCUGACGUGCAGCGCGUGGCACGGGGGGCGGUGGCGAGUGAGAAUGAGAGGCAGAAACGGCAGCAUGCUGCAGCUGAUCUCGCUGCUGCUGGAGGGCUCAGUACCACUGCCUAUAUUGGAGUGACUUUUGAGAAUUCUCAAAAGUCAGUACCACUGCCUACUGCCUUCACUUUUCAGAGUGCUGCCGUUUCUUAA